CUCCUUAAAACAGGAUUUUCUAGUUUACACUUCAGCAUUACUAAGCCGAAACGGUUUUGGGUUUUCUCGAUCCAUUUGUAAUUAAUUAAUUUCAAAGAAACGUUCUAUUAUGGCUGGGGUGUUGGCGUUGGAAAGGGCCCAACGAGGGUUUAAUUUUGAAAACUGCCAAAGGAACAGCAAUCUGAUUGAAAAGGGAUAUGUAACUCCCAAAGCGACUAAAACUGGAACAACCAUUGUCGGUGCUAUCUUCGCUGAUGGUGUAGUCCUUGGUGCUGAUACUAGAGCAACAGAAGACACUAUUGUCGCCGAUAAGAACUGCACUAAGAUCCAUUAUCUUGCAAAGAACAUGUAUUGUUGCGGAGCAGGAACUGCUGCUGAUACUGAAAUGACUACGCUCACAAUCUCGUCUCAAUUAGAACUCCACCAUUUGAUGACAGGAAGACUUGUCCCCGUUAUCACUGCAAAUACUUUGUUAAAACAAUUACUUUUUAGAUAUCAAGGAUAUAUUGGUGCUGCAUUAGUAUUAGGAGGUGUUGAUAACGAUGGACCACAUCUCUAUAGUAUUCAUCCUCACGGUUCAACUGACAAACUUCCUUUUACAAGCAUGGGAUCUGGUUCCCUCGCAGCCACUUCUGUACUUGAAUCCCAGUGGCACCCGAAUAUGACAGAGGACGAAUGCAAACAACUAGUAAGAAAUGCUAUUGUAGCUGGUAUCUUCAAUGAUUUAGGAUCAGGAAGUUUCUGCGAUCUUUGUGUAAUCAAGAAAGGAGGCGCUGUUGAUUACAUUAGACCUUACGAUGUCGCAAACAUAAAAGGACAAAGGCAAGGGAAUUAUCGCUUUGCUCCUGGCACAACGGCCGUCCUUUCUCACAGAGUGAUCCCGUUAGAAGUUGAUAGUGAAGAAGUAAAAAGAGUUGUCCCAGAAGAAAUGGACACAUCUUCAUAAUUAUGUUUUGAUUCAACCAAUUUUUGAGAUACAUUUUUGAGAAAUAAUAUUUAAUAAAUAAAACAGUUACUUCUUUUUCAAAAUGA